UGUGUCAUGUUUCGUGUGCUCUAAUUUUCGUGAUUUAUUUUAUCAAUAUAUUUUGCAUAUUUUGUGAUAGAAAUCGUUUUUGUUGCGUUAUAUUCAAUAGUUUUCUUGUAAAACAAAGACAAGCAUUGUACCAGUAUCAAGUUUAAGGUCUCGGGUUAAUGGACAACGACUGCGAAAGCGCAGCAAAGAAAACCCGAUUUGCCCUCAGGGAAGCGCUGCAGCUAGGUGACGGGGAGCUGUGUGGUUCCCUCGUGGAAAUUCUGAAGCCACAUCAGCUGGAAGGAAUCCGGUUCAUUUACAGGGGCUUGAAACAGAACAAAGGCGUAAUCCUGAACGAUGAAUCAGGAUUGGGGAAGACGCAUCAGAUAAUUGGUUACUUAUCAGCAACAAUUGGCCCUGCUGAUAAAAUAGCAAUUCUGUGUAAUAGUUUACAGCGCUUGGAUCAUUGGUUGUACCAUUUGGAGCUGCUGACUGCAUUCGAAACAUUGAUUUUGGAUGAGAACUGUGAUAAAGAUCUUUUUUCAUUAAAUCCACAAAUUAUUUUAUCAACAUUUGAUUGUUUCCAAAAACAUUCAGAUGCAUUUGCUACAAGGGCAAGAAACAUCAAUUUGGUGGUAAUCGAUGAAAGCAAGGACGUCCAGUGCGAAAUUGAAUUUCUUGCGUUGUUGGCAAAGCUUCUUUCUGCACCCAAGAUAUUUGUGAUCACCGAAAACUUGCUGGACAAUCCGGUUCGGUUUUCCCUGAGGCUAAGAUUCUGCCAUGUACAGUUCCAUGAAGAGGCCUUGAAAGGUUUGCUGACGGAUGUGGUUCAAAGUAAUCGACCAUUGAAGAAAUUAGAAAAGUUGAAGCUAUUUUUCUUAACCAGAAGCGUUUCGAUUAGAAGAUAUAGAUCUCAUCACAAGAAGCACCUUCCAUUGAUAGAGAAGAGUGAGUUCCAAACCUGCUUCGGGGCUUGGAAAAUUGCAAACGGGAUGGACUUGAAUAGUCAAAACGAUGAGGUUUUCGAAAAAUCGGAUCAUCAGCAUGUAGAGGACGAUGAAGACUGCGAAACCACUCUGAAUAUGGCGAUUGUGGGUGAUGCGGAGAGUUCUGGCAUUGGCAGAGAUCUGUCUCGUGAGAAUGGCGAUGAUGAUGGAAUUGAAGCAGCGAAUGUGGCGUACAAAAUCAGUGAGCCGUUGUUCGAAAUCGAACAGAGCACAGAAGAGAUGCCCCAGUUGGUGGUGGAGUCUUCCGAUUCGGAAACUAAGUCGACGUUGGGCGAUAUGCAGAAAAUGUCACUGGCAAGAUCCACGGAAUCCGAAAAGUCGAUAUUUCUCACAUCAAACAUAGAAAUACCAGAAACCGAACGAACAUCUCAAGCUUCGGAAGGCCAAACCGAUUCGGAAGACUAUAUACAGUUUGGACAAGCCUUGAUUGAACCCAGCACCCAGAUAGAAAGCUCAUCGGAAGCAUUGGUUCGCAAAACGUUCACUCCCCUGACUGAUGACAAUUACGAUUUUCCGAUAGAUCGAUUUCUUCAGCGGAAGACACCAUCCUCAUCUUCAACGGAUCUCGAAAUCGUUUCAAAGGAAAGCGUAACCGCAAAUAACCCGGUAUUAGUGUCCAGUUGCAGUUCGAACGGUCGGGAAAAGUCUCCAGAUUUAUUCAGCGACUCGGAGGACGAUACUGUAAAAGUGAUCUCCCAAGAUGAUUCCCUCAUGAAGUUAUUGUUCAAAAGCCCAGUCGACUUGGAGAGAACGACUCAGCGUGACUUAAAAAUUCCAAAGUUUCUUCCAAAAUUUCCGCGAACCAAUGUGAGCACACCCAUUUCAAAACUUAUUCACGGGCCUCUACAAGAUGAAACUGCAAAUUCGUCGAACAGUGACGAACGACCUUCGUCCAACGAUAUCUUCGCUGAUCUCACUGUCAAAAACCCCGACCCCAACCGAACGGACGUGUUCGAGAUCACCGAUAACAACGCCUUCGGCAACAAAAUAUUGGUCCACGCCGAAAAAGACAGCAUGUCCCCCCUUCGUGAUUCGGACGAUGUCCAGUUCGUAAGUGUCCUCCGACCGCCGGACGGUCCGAUCGAAAUCGUCGACCUGGACACGGACGUGUGCACCCCAAAGAGCCAAAAUGGGCCUCCACCUGAACCGAUGAGGCGCACCACACCUUCUUCCAAAAAUUCACUACCAUCUACUCCUCGCGGAUGGCUCACCAAAAGCAAUCGUUCGUCGGAUAGUGACUCUCCGCGAACACCUAAAACGACCAGGAAGAAAUCAACACCACAAUCGGCACGUCGAUCCGUUGGAAGCUGUAGCAGUGCGUCCAGCUUCAAGCGUAAGAAGUUGGAAAAUUGGUUCCGCGAUGCGCCGACAGACGACGAGGAUGAUUUCGAAGAAUGUCGGCGGGCAUCGAUGAGCGUAAAUCGAAGGAGAUCUGCUCCCGUUGGUGGACCAGGUGGAAGCGGCGGCAAGAGGAUUUCUCCGAGAAAGAAAUGCUUUCAGGAGCGGAUCAUACAGCGCUAUAAUCAAAUAUUAGUGUCCCCUAGUGGAAUGGAUAGUGAUUUUGAGUAAUGUUGUACGAAAGUUGUUUUUGUUUUUCUAUUAUUUGACCAAAUUUUAGUCUUUCUUAGUAUGUAGUUAGAUUGUUAUGUUAAGUAUUAUAUUUUACUUACAUAGAUAAAGCUUAUGCAAGCGGGAA